AUGCAUGACACAUUUUCAACACAGCUCCAGGGAAAAGUAUACGAAGUCGAUCAUUUUCGACGCCAUCCGCGACCAUGCCUCCUGGUUGCACGAGGAUGGACGUUUAAUGACAAUGCUGAGCGGCGGCAGCGAGCCCUCGACGAAGAGGACCGGUCAACUGCCGAGUGGAAAGGAAAAUUGCACCGAUCGCUAAUAAUUUGGACGAUUCGCCGCGAACUCGAUUCAACGCCGGCAAAAAGUGCAACGAAUCGAAGCGAGCAGGCAGAAAAGGACACGGAUGAACUUGCUGAAUUUCCCCUCUGCUUAAGUCGGAUUUAG